GUCAUCUGCUUCUGCUUUUUGCCUAGUCCCUCAACGGAUUCAACCUGAUUGAUGGUAAUGAGUUUGGGGAGCUUAGACAUGGCUGGAAGCGCGCUGGGAACGGCCUCCUCUCUGCUGCUCCUUGCCUCUAUUAUACAAGGGCUCCAGGAUGUUGAGGUGUUUCAUUAUGAAAAGAUGGACGCACUAGUGGGCCAAAACGUUAUCUUGCCCUGCACUAUAAGAAAUCCUGAAAUCCGGACAACAAUCAUAGAAUGGAAAAAGAUGCCGGAUGAAAAGCUGGUUGUGCACAGCCCAGCUUAUGGAUCCAAUUAUAUUUGGCCUAAUGUCACAAUCCUGACUCAAACUGAGUCAUUGGGCUCCUUAAAGCUUUCUAAGGUGACAAAAUGGGAUAGUGGUGUCUAUGUUUGUGACCUUUCAACCUUCCCUAAUGGUGCCAUCAGGAGAGAGACAACGCUAGUAAUCAAAGAUGUCGAAACAAUGUGUGAUGCUGAUGGGACUAUUGAGAUCAGUAUUGGAGGAAAUGUGUCCAUUCAAUGUGCAGUGCUCCCGAAUGCUCAGUACAGUUGGACUAAAAACACAGCAGUGGUGUCAGUGAGUGAAUCUCUGGAGCUUUGGAAGGUGACUGAAGCUCACACAGGGGUUUACAUCCUGACAGUCAACACAGGAAGCAUCAGUGUGCAGAAAGAGUUCAUCAUCACACUGCUAACUGAAACCACAAGCCCCAGCACAGAUCUUGCCACAUUGUCACCACACUCAAAUGGAACUGAGGCACACCUGAUCCAAACAACAAGCAACACCUUAACCACAUCAUCAACCACUGAGCUCCAAGCCAUCAGCACCACUUUACCAUGGACCACGAGUAAUUUAACAGCCAAUAAUUCCCAUCCCAACAAUGUUACAACCCCGUACACAAUUGACACACAUAUCACAGUCACGUCAACCUCAGGCCUAUAUGACUUUACCAAUUCCAGUUAUCAGGAGUUAAACCAGACUCACAGUUUAAGCACAUCCACUUCAGAGGCCAGAAACCUGUCACCAACAUUAAAUUAUAGCAACAUUUCCUUCAGCCCAACACAGGAGACCAGGAAUGAAUCUAACAGGGGCACGACGGUAGACACUGGACACACUGGUGCAACCCCAACUCAGAGCACUGGAAAUGAAACAGUGGUCACUGAGGAUGAAGAAACUGAAGGCGUCCGGAGUCAUCUGUUGUCGGUGUUAAUAAUCGUUCUAUUUCUGGUCCUGAUCAUUGUGGCUGUCUUUCUCUACAGGAGACAUAUCAUAAAGCAGAGGAUGGAUCUGCCUCCUCCGUUCAAACCCCCUCCUCCUCCUGUCAAGUACACGGCAGCAAGACGUGACAUUUACACACAGCCUUACCCCACCUCUAGGUGUAACUCUGUGACUGAACAUGCAGAUGUGAAACAAAACUAUGUUGUCUAAUGCCAAUGACAUAAUGAUAAAAACAAGGAAUGAUUGAAUGUAGCAAUGUGUGAUUAUAGUGAGAGCUGUCUCUUCUUGAAGUUACAUGAAUAAUUGUAAUAAAGUUUGUUGUACUCAGUUGUGGUUGGGCAAACACAGUUGCAGGCAACUGUGCAAAUGUGGUCUAUGUCUAUCUGGAGGAAUUCUGUGCUAU